AUGGACACCCUACCCUCAGACCUCGCCAGCACAUUCCUAUCCCCAGCCCCACCUCGUCUGACAACCGCCCAACGGACCGCCAUAAUCACUAGCGCCGAAACCUUCGUGAAAACCGCCUUCGCAUCCCACGAUCCUUCGCACGACUACCACCACAUCAAUCGCGUAAGGCUCCUAGCGCUCUCACUCACCCAAUCACCCGACAUCCUCGACUCUCCGCCUCUCGACCUGCUCGUCGUUGAGCUCGGUGCGCUCUUCCACGACCUCACCGACUCGAAAUACAACUCCUCCUCCUCCACACCCAACGCCGUCCUCGCACCGUUCUGGAGCACCCUCUCACCGCCGGACAUCGUCACUGCUUCUCAAAGACAGCUGGUGGAGAAGAUCGUAGGCAACGUAUCUUGGAGCAAAGAUGAACGUCGUCGAGCGCAGUCCGCUUCGCACCUAUCCGCGAUUGAUAUCGAGCUGAACGAAUGGCUGUCCUCGUGCGUCGAGUUUCACUGCGUCUCCGAUGCCGAUCGGUUGGACAGCAUCGGUUCCAUCGGCAUCCUCCGAUGCGCUGCUUACAGCGCCAAGAUCAAUCGUCCGCUGUACAUUCCCCCGAACAACCCGCAAAACGACCCAGUCCCACCGGCAGAACAGUCCGAGGGGUACAACGGGAGCGCCGUGGCUCACUUUUACGAAAAGCUGCUGAAGAUCAGAGGCGACAGGUUGUACACGCAGAGGGCGAGGGAGGAGGCGGACAGAAGGCAGGGGAUGAUGAGAGGAUUUCUGGAUGAGUUGAGCUUAGAGUGGCUGGUCGCGAGCCAGGGUUGUGAGUUGGUCAGGUUGCAGCAGGAGGAGGAGGAGCUGCAACACGAGGAAGCCGAACAAUUCGCUUUCCAGUAA